AUGAGGAAGGGUGGUGUCGAGGCUGGAGAGUCGACCGAUGUAGUGAAUCGGGACAAGUUUGACAACAAUCUGUCACAAUACAUUGUCACAUCAUUAUCAUUCGUCAGCGAAGCAGAUUUCAAAAAACCAGAACCUGUUCGUUGGUAUAAAAUCUAUGGGAUGAUAUUUGAAUCUCUUACUGAGGAGAAGCCUGAAAAUGGAGAAGAGAAAGCCUCACUUCUCUUUCCUAAAUACUGCAAGUCUGAAAAUCCUGAAUUCUAUGAAGAAUCUGGUGCUAUCAUCUGGUUCACCCUGGUAAUGCAGCAAUUAUUUUUUUCCUGUGGCAUCAAUGACUUCACAUUCAAGGAUAUCAGGGAUCCUAGGCCAAAACGAUGUACCAUUUUAUGCAGUGCUGUCGUUAAUUUUAUUCGCUUUAAAGUGAACCGGGAGCCUGUCAUUGAAUCAGCCUUAGAAAAGGCGGAACGGUACAAGAUCCAAUAUGGUGAAAUUACCAAAACAAACAAUGAAUUGAAAAGCCGUAUCAGUGCUGAGAUGGCCCAAUAUGACGAGAGGGAGAGUAAAAUUCAACAACUACAAGAAAAGAUCAAUACCACAAAUGAUAAAAUGGUGGCAAUUCAGUCGGAGAGCCAAAAUUUGUUGGCAAAAAUCUCUGAGAAGAAAAUGAUCAUCUCGGAGGCAAGGGCACGUCGGGAUGAACUCAAGUUAGAGAUAAUGAAAGUCACUCAGGAAUGUGAAAAACUACAGCGGAACAUUGUCCAGUCUCCCCAGAAAGUUAAGGCCAAUUUAUGUUCCAUGCAAGAAAAAGUAGAGUUCCUGAAGAAGAUAAAGACUGAAAAGUUGGAGCUCGUAUCCAGUCGCCGGAAGCAACUGGACCAGUUGAAAACCCGCAAUAGCAUUGUUGAACAGGGAAUUUCUUUUAUGCAGUCAAUGCUGGAAGACAGUGAAAGCAUAAAAACAAUUGAAGAGGACAUUAAGAGGAUCAAAGAGUCAAGCCAAGUGAAUGUGCACAAGAGAAAAGGAAUCAAGAUACAAGAGGAGGAAAUGGUAGAAUCUAUUGCCCUCAUCCAGGAUCGGAUCCAGAAAUUACAGUUACAAAAGCGAUCACGAGGCACAGACCUUGAUGCAUGUUUCUCACAGACUACUGAGAAGAAGAAGAAAACUGCAAUUAAAGCCGAUGCACUGAAAACUCAAAAAGAGACACUGCAAAGGGAGAUCGAUGCCAAGAUGAAAAAGGUAGAAACUAACCACAACAAAUGCACUGAAAAGAUAGAAAUGAUCAAGGAACAGUAUGAAAAUAUUCUUAAAAGUUUGAACCAGUAUCAUCUUGUCCUGCAAGAGAGAAUUCAAGCAGACCUCUACGACUGCGGAUUUUUCCUCAAAAAGCAAAGGACGUUUUGCACUCUCAGUUUGGACCCAGAUAUGAACCCAGACGAAGAGGAAGAAAAACACCGCUUGAUCUCACAGGUGCUUGAGCUGCAGAACACCUUAGAUGAUCUGUCAUCCCGUGUGGAUUCGGUGAAGGAAGAAAACUUGAAGCUAAAAUCGGAGAACCAAGUUCUAGGCCAGUACAUUGAAAACCUGAUGGCGGCCAGUAGCGUGUUCCAGUCAACAUCUCCAGCAAAGGCCAAGAAGAAGUCUGGGGCAGGCGGAAACAGUGUCACUGAAUUGAUGGCAGGAGACAAGUAG